UAGUGUUUACAGCACUUCCAGUUGUAACGAUGGACAUUACAAGGGGCAUUCCAAAAUUAUAUAUAUUGUACUAUAAUAGAUCUGGUGAAGAAUGGCGUGCUAAUCGUUCCAAGCUAGGAAAGCAGUUGAUGCCUGCCAAUGUUUAUGGCUAUUGUCCUGGUUUUAAUAAAGUUGCAAGACGAUUUAUAAGAAACGUUUAUGACGUUCAGAAUGAUGAUGGUUUUGUGGAAGAUGCGAGAGACUUGAUUAGAUACUGGUCAUUAGAAGUUGCUACUCAUUUUGUUUAUGGAGCCAACCUUGACUGUAGAAAUGAUAAAGAAGGCCUUGCAAAGGAACUUCAAGAUGCAGUUGGAGGCCUGCUUGAUUGCAUUUUUGAUUUACAGACAACCUUGCCUCUCUUUAAAAUUUUUCCCACUAAAGCUUAUAAAGAUUUCAACAAAAACAUGGACAAAUUAAUUGAGAUUGGACAAGUCUAUGCUGACAAGUACUCAUCUGAUAUAGAGGCAAGGGCUGCAGUGAGUGAUGAGAAAUUUCAUGGGAUGAGUCUACUAGAGCAAUGGCUGAUUGAAGGCAAAAUGAGCACUAAAGAUGCCAUCUCUCAUUCCAUUAAUAUGCUGGGAGCAGGAAUGGACACUACAGCACACACUACUGCCUUUGUUCUGUACUCAUUAUCCAAGCAUCCCAAAGUACAGGAGAAAGCAUAUAAGCAGAUAACAUCAGUAUUAGGUGAUGAUGAAGAACCUGAUGGAGAUUCUCUACAGAAGAUGCCUUACCUGGGGCACCUCAUUAAAGAAACGCAAAGAUUAUACCCUGUGGCUCCUUUUGUGCCAAGAAUGCUAGACACUGAUAUUGAUCUAUUAGGCUAUCAUAUUCCUGCUAAAACAACAAUAGUGCCAGGACUGGAAGCUAUGGGUCAAGACCCUAAACUUUUUAAGGAUCCAUUGAAAUUCAAUCCUGAUCGCUGGUCAACUGAUGACAUACACCCA